UGUCCCCCCCUCCACUUCCGGGCUGCUGGGGAGGGGGACGGGCGGCCUCUCCUCCUCUUCACAGCCACCUGUCUCUGUGGCAGAAGCUGCAGUGCCGGGAGCGCGGAGCGGAGCGAGCUGGCCCAGCCUCCCCGAGCACUCCGCGAGGCCAGGCCGUCGGGUGCGGUGCCGAAGACCCUAGGCCACGCCCCACGCUUCCAGGCCACGCCCCGGAGCCAGGACCACGCCCACCCCGCAGGAGUCCGAAGCGGCCAUGGGGACUCCCAGUAGCCCGGAGGAGAGGUCCGGGUCCCCGCCGGUCCCCGAGUGCGACGCAGAGGUUCAGCCCCAAGGGGCCUCCCAGCCCCAUGAUCACCCCGAUGAGCCCCGCGAACAGGAGGCGCCCGGGGUCCCGGCGGAGCUUCCUAGCGGCCAAGGAGUUGAGCAGCAGACUGAGGAAGAGGAAGAAGUGGGAGAAGGCAGCAGCACCGAGAGCAGCCGGGAGGAGCCCGAGGGCGCGCCUCGGGCACAGACGCCGGCCACGCCCUCCACCUGCACCCCCUAUGGGGAAGGGGUGAGAGCAGCCCGGAGGAGGCUCCAAGCCCAGAAGCUGGAGACAGUGACACAUGUUGCCCUGUUGGAGCAGAGACUGAAGGAGCUUCAGCGUCAAAAGAAGGAGCUGAGGAUCCAGAUGGAGGUGGAGGUGGCCCUGAUACGGGGUGAGCUGGCUGGAGAGCGAGUGGCCCUGCGGCGGGAGGAGGAGCAGCUCCGAGAGCUGCUAGGGCAGCAGGUGGUCGAGGAGCCGGGCAGCCAGGAGCGGGAACAGGAACAGAGGCAACUAAGGCAGGAGCGGGACCGCGUGGAGGGUCUCCGCCACAGACUUCAGGAGGCCCAAGGACAGCUGGACUCCCAGCCAGAGGACCAGCGGGAGCGACUUCUGCAGGGGGUACAGGAGAUGAGGGAACAGCUGGAUGUGGCCCAGCGCGCUUAUGAGGACCUGGAGUUCCAGCAACUGGAGCGGGAGAGCCGGCAGGAGGAGGAGGAGCGGGACCGCCCUGGGCUCCAGCUGCCGGACCCCAAGGUCCAGGAACUUCAGGCCAGUGUGGCCCAGCACAGGCGCCGGAUCCAGGUCUUGGAGGAGCAGCUCAAGUCUCUGGGGGAGCAGAUGGUGGCUGAGAGCCGGGGGCUCAGCCAGGAGAAGGAGGAGACCCGUCGGGCCCUGGCCCAGGAACAGAACCGAUUCCUCGAGCUUAACCGCCUUCAGGAGACACCUGGUGGGGACUUCUCUGAGCCCAACCAAGCUCUCACAAAGCUGCUGUUCACCCAGAAGACAGACCGGCAGCUGCUAGUGCUUCAGGACCCCACCAGCCACUCUGCUGCCACCUCUACCUCUUCCUGCCUCUUCUCUGUCCACAGCUCCCUGCAGGGCUCCUUUGGUCUCCAGAGGACUGGAAGCCUGACCCGGAGAAGAGGAGAGAGAGGGAGCCAGAGAGGAUCCCCACGACCUCUGUCCCUCCAUUGUACUGGACCCCUUGAGGCCUCGACUCUCACACCAGCAGUGGAGGCCUCUGGGAGACACCCGCUCUAUCAGCUGCUAAACUGUGGCCCUGGGAACAGCUGCAGGGCCACCCUCCACCCAGACAUCGCUCACAUGGAGAAGCUUCUGCAUCAGGCGAUCGCAGAGAGGGAGCGGCUGAUCAAGGCCAGGGAAGGAAUGAAAAAGAGCAGAGAAAGUUCCUCAGGCCCAGCUCUUCCUGCCAUCAUGGCUCCACCCGCGCCCCCACCCCGCCCUCCAGGCCCCCGCGUCCUGGAUCUCCGGCAGCACCUGGAACGGUGGGGCCACAACCCAGAAAGCUGUCCUCAUGUGCGCGUGUCCUGUGGCUGCUGCCGAGGACCCCUGGUGAAGAUGGGUGGCCGCAUCAAGACCUGGAGGAAGCGCUGGUUCUGCUUCGACCGCCAGGCACGUCGCCUGGCCUACUAUGCAGACAAGGAAGAGACCAAGCUCAAAGGUGUCAUCUACUUCCAGGCCAUUGAGGAAGUCUACUAUGACCACUUACGCUGUGCCUUCAAGAGCCCCAGCCCUCGCCUGACGUUCUGUGUCAAAACUUACGAACGCCUUUUCUACAUGGUGGCCCCGAGCCCCGAAGCCAUGCGCAUCUGGAUGGACGUCAUCGUCACCGCCGCGGAUGAGAACCACGCCCCCUGAGCGGCCCCGCCCACCCGGGGACGUCCUGGCGAAGCUCCGCCCCACACGCAGUAGUGCUCCAAGGCCCCGCCCAUUCCGGAAACAGGGGGCCGCCCCUUCUGAACUCUCCCGGGAACCCUGCAGUGGCUGCGGCUCAGCUGGCCUGAGUCGCGGCUCUCCGUGCAGCUGGGGUGGCCCCGCGACGACGGGAUCGCCAGUCCCGGGGCCCUGCCUGGGGCAGGAGGACGAUUUCAGGGUGGGAAGAAACUAUUUAUUGGUGCUCCUGUGAAACCGAAUUAAACACGGCGGAAAAACAGGGUCGCUGCUGUGGUGUCCAGCCCGGCGACCGGGGCCAGCCCCUAGGCAGGACGUCGGAGUUACGGGCACCUCUGGGGCCAAGCGUCCCCGCUGUUUCUCGCUUUUAGGAAUGGAGACCUUCGCCCUGCUGGCAUGGCCGGGAGCAGGGGGUUGGGAGGCCCGUCCUCAGGCUUUUGCAAUGUUGUUGUUUUAGUUUGUGGGUUUUUCUGCUUCCGGUUUGACCCACAGCUGUCGGCAGUUUCUGGAACUCCCGGGCCCCCUCUCCCCUCUGCCUGCUCUUCCUUAACCAGCUCGUCAUUUCCAAGGUCCAGUUCAUGUUCCUUCCUUCAGGAAGUCCUCACUGGCCCCCUUGGCUGGUCAGGCGCCUCCUCUGAGUUCCCAUCCUAUCCCUGAGCACUGGCUUGUCACCGUGAUGACCCGUGCUCUUUAUGGACGGGGAACUCCAUGAGGACAGAGCCGGGCUGUUCUGGUGACCUCUGUGUCCCCAGUAGGACAAAUAUUCCAUGAAAACGAGAAGAAUGUGUCCCUGUCCCCUCUGGGUCUUUUUGUCCAUUCUAUUUAUUUGUCUAGGCAUCUCCACACUCCACCCACUUCUCAUUUAGGCAGGAGCACCUGUGUUUCCUUCUCCAGGAAGCCCUCCCUGAUUGCCCUGACUGAAUCAGAGGUUUCCUCAGGGAUUUCCACGACAGUCCUGACCACUCUGCCUCCCAGCACAACCUGCCCACUCUGCCCAGUGCUUAUCCCAUCGUGGCCUUGACUGUCCUAGGCCUUCCUUGCUGAUGAAUUAGUCUCUCCCUCUGGUCUAGGAGCUCCAGGAGGCAGGGGCUGGGGCUCUAUUGAUCACUACUGAGUCCUUGUCACACACCAAAGGGCUCAGGUGCUGCACACUAGGUGUUGAAGGAAUGUCUUAUGGUUGAAUAAAUGAGUUAGGGAUAGAUGCUAAGGACCAGGAGAGUUGUGAACAAGGCAGCCGGCUCCUGGGCUGACUUCACCUUUAGAUCUUACCUGGCACAUCCCCUCCUAGGAGAAGCUCUCCUUGGUCCUGAGGCUGGGUCAAGUGCCCGGGCUGCCGCAGUCCUCUCCCUCUCCCCCCACCAGCACUCUAGGCUGUCCCUCUGGAGACAGCUCUUUCUUCCCCUCAGACAGCCUCCUUGAGGAUCCCGGAUCUCGAUCUAGUGUUCUUGAGUCCUGGGAGUACAAAUCCCCAGGACCCCAGGUGACCCCACCUCCAGCUGUGAGACUUCUGAAUUCUUGGAUCAGUUCAUCACCCAGCCCCCAGAACGGAGCCAGCUUCACAGGCAUGUGACCAAUCUAGUCAACAGAAGAGCCCUGCUCUUAAAUUUUGUGUUCUGUGAUCAUCAUCUGAAAAUUCUUAAUAAUUUUAUCUUUGAAUGUGUGUUUGGUAAUGAAGUUUGGUGGAACAGUGGA